CGCAUCAGUACACGCGUCGAUUUCACUUCGCGCCCGCGCCGGUGCGCGUAAAUGUCAAGUUACAGUGGUAUAAGUGAAGUAAAGGAUGGUGCCUUGGAGACAGCUGUUAUGCCCUAGUGGAUACGAGGACAUUGAAAGCAGAGAAUGGAUUGGAGUCCAACGACUGCGCAUAGUAACCAGUCCGGUAUUCCGGUGGAUGCAGAGACUUGUUGGCUACUUCCAGCACCACGUCAGACCUUGGGAAAGUUUCUAUGAGGAUGAAGCGACGACGUCGGGCGUGACGGACGGCGCGCCCGUGGACCAGCAGAACCGCAUCAUAUUCGUGAACAGGCCGCAGCCGCAGAAGUUCGUCUCCAACAGAAUAUCCACCGCUAAAUAUAGCGUCCCAUCAUUCAUCCCGUUGUUCCUGUUCGAGCAGUUCCGCCGGUACUCGAACUGCUUCUUCCUCCUCAUCGCGCUGCUGCAGCAGAUCCCGGACGUGUCGCCCACGGGACGCUGGACCACGCUCACGCCUCUCAUACUCAUUCUGAGCGUCAGCGCUAUAAAGGAGAUCGUCGAGGACUUCAAACGUCACCGUGCUGAUGACGAGACGAAUCGGCGCAAAGUGGAGGUGCUGCGCGAGGGCCGAUGGAUGAACAUUCGCUGGGAGCAGCUACAGGUCGGCGACAUCUGCAAGGUGGUCAACAACCAGUUUUUCCCGGCAGACCUCGUGCUCAUAUCAUCUAGCGAGCCGCAGGGCAUAUCGUUCAUCGAGACGUCGAACCUGGACGGCGAGACGAACCUGAAGAUCCGGCAGGCGCAUGUGGACUGCGCGCGCCUCGACACCGCGCCUGCGCUUGCGCACUUCCGCGCCACGCUGCAGUGCGAGCCGCCCAACCGACAUCUCUACGAGUUCAACGGCCUGCUCAAGGACGCCAAUGCCAAAACGAUACCGCUGGGCCUGGAUCAGAUGCUACUGCGCGGCGCCAUGUUGCGCAACACCACGUGGAUACACGGCAUCGUCGUCUACACCGGACACGAGACCAAGCUCAUGAAGAACUCCACCAAAGCGCCGCUGAAGCGUUCGUCGAUCGACCGGCAGACGAACACGCACAUCCUGAUGCUGUUCCUGAUCCUGCUGGCGCUGUCGCUGCUGAGCGCCGCCUUCAACGAGCUGUGGAUGCACAACCACAGCGACUGGUACAUCGGGCUCGACGACGCGCAGAAUGCACAUUUCGGAUUCAACUUUUUGACGUUUUUGAUAUUGUACAAUAACCUUAUACCCAUAUCUUUACAAGUCACUGCUGAAAUAGUUAGGUUUUUCCAGGCGAAGUUCAUAGCGAUGGACAGCGAGAUGUACCACGAGGCGACCGACACGCCCGCCAUGGCGCGCACCUCCAACCUCAACGAGGAGCUCGGCAUGGUCAAGUACAUCUUCAGCGACAAGACCGGCACCCUCACCUGCAACGUCAUGGAGUUCCACAAGUGCUCCAUCGCAGAGGUCAUCUACAACCGUCCAGGGCCGAACGAGAGGCUAGAAGACACGCUGCUUUAUCAGAACCUUCAGCGGAAUCACCCCACGGCACCCAUCAUCAGGGAGUUCCUCACCAUGCUAGCCAUCUGCCACACUGUCAUACCGGAGCGCAUCGACGGCAAGAUCAACUACCACGCCGCUUCGCCAGACGAGCGCGCGCUGGUGCUGGGCGCGGCGAUGUUCGGCUACGUGUUCGACACGCGCACGCCGCAGACCGUCACCAUCGACGCGGCCGGCGUGCGCGAGGAGUACACCGUGCUCAACGUCAUCGACUUCACCUCCGCCAGGAAACGGAUGUCGGUCAUCGUGCGGACGCCUACGGGUGGAAUCAAGCUGUACUGCAAGGGCGCGGACAGCGUGGUGUACCCGCGGCUGGCGCGCGGGCCCGCCGCGCCGCACGCGCCCGCCACGCUCGCGCACCUCGAGCACUUCGCCGCCGAGGGACUGCGCACGCUCGUGUUCGCCCAAGCCGACCUGCCGCACCAUGUCUAUGAGGAAUGGUCAAACACAUAUCACAAGGCCAGCAUAGCGAUACAAGACCGGGAGCAGAAAAUCGAAGAAGCAGCAAUGCUUAUAGAGAACAACCUCACGUUGCUCGGAGCCACGGCUAUUGAGGACAAACUUCAGGACGGUGUGCCCGAAACGAUAGCGGCUCUACUGAAGGCGAACAUCCACGUGUGGGUGCUGACGGGCGACAAGCAGGAGACCGCCAUCAACAUCGCGCACUCCGCGCGCCUCAUACACGCCUCCAUGCCGCUCAUCAUACUCAACGAGGACAGCCUCGACGGCACCCGCGAGAGCAUAUCCCGUCACGCUGUCGACUUCGGUGACAAUCUUCGAAAGCAGAACGAGGUGGCGCUCAUCAUCGAUGGCAAAACCUUGAAGUACGCGAUGGGCUGCGACCUCAAGAAAGACUUCCUGGACCUCUGCAUCUCAUGCAAGGUGGUCGUCUGCUGCAGGGUCUCGCCCAUACAGAAGGCUGAGGUGGUGGAGAUGGUGUCGUCGGCGACGGGCGCGGUGACGCUGGCCAUCGGCGACGGCGCCAACGACGUGGCCAUGAUCCAGCGCGCCUCCGUCGGCGUCGGCAUCUCCGGCGUCGAGGGGCUGCAGGCCGUCUGCGCCUCCGACUACAGCAUCGCGCAGUUCCGGUUUCUCCUACGACUACUGUUGGUGCACGGCGCGUGGAACUACUCGCGGAUAAGCAAGCUGAUCCUGUACUCAUUCUACAAGAACAUCUGUCUGUACGUCAUCGAGCUGUGGUUCGCCAUAUACUCUGCUUGGUCCGGUCAGAUCCUGUUCGAGCGGUGGACGAUAGGUUUCUACAACGUGAUCUUCACCGCGCUGCCGCCAUUCGCCAUCGGACUGUUCGACAAGCUAUGCUCGCCCGAAAUCAUGCUCAGGCAUCCGGUCCUGUACAUCCCGUCGCAGCAGGGGCUGCUGUUCAACGUGCGCGUGUUCUGGGUGUGGGCGGUGAACUCGCUGCUGCACUCGGUGCUGCUGUUCUGGUUGCCUAUGUUGCUGGCCAGCCAUCACGUGAUGUGGCCCAGCGGCAAGGACGGCGGGUAUCUCGUGCUCGGGAACUUCGUGUACACGUACGUGGUGCUGACCGUGUGCCUGAAGGCGGGCCUGUCCACACACUCGUGGACGUGGGUCACGCACCUCGCCAUCUGGGGGUCGGUCGCACUCUGGUUCCUCUUCAUACUGCUCUACAGCAACAUAUACCCGAUGGUGAUGAUCGGCGGCGUGAUGCGUGGGAUGGACCGCAUGGUGUUCAGCUCGCUGGUGUUCUGGCUCGGGCUGGUGCUGAUACCCAUCGCCACGCUCAUACCGGACCUGCUCGUCACUGUCAUCCACAACUCAGCGUUCAAGACGAUGACGGAGGCGGUGCGCGAGAGCGAGAUCAAGCAGCGCGACCCCAGCGCCCUCCUCUCGCACCCGAGGCACUCCAAGAGGCGCGGGUCGCCGGUGGGCGUGCGGUGGCGCCGGCGGUGCGUGGCGCCCGAGCCCGCGCGCGCGCCCGACGCGCUGGCGGGCGUGCGCCACGAGCCGCGCGCCCGGCGCACGCGCUCGCGCACGCGCACGCGACACUCGCACGUCAUAUGACGCCGCGCCGCCGCCUGAGCGCCCGGCGCCCACACUACACGUAGGCGCCGGCACACACCGGAAUGACUGAUUAGCAAAUCUCGCGGGGCCGCCGAUACUGAUAUUUAAAGUCUAGCCAUCUCUAAAUUUGCUAGUGAUACUGUCUGACGGGUCUGAGAACUAAAAUAAAUUAAAAACUGCGUCCAACGCGCAGUACCCGACGAAUGAAUUUUAUAAGGCAAUCGCCGCCUCAUAAUUCUCGUUGGCGAAACUCCGUGGCCAGGCCGUAAACUAUUUUAAUGUAAAAUAUACGUGUUGAUAAAUUUUAUAUUAAUAAUGUUAUUAAUUUCAGAUUACAAUGCAAUAAAAAUUACAAAAAUUAUAUCUUGAAAUAUUUAUCAAGAUAAAUUUAUAUUAUAAUCGUAGAAUAAAUAAUAUUUUCAAAGUUACCGAUUUUAACUCCAUCAUUUAACCAUUCCAAAAUGUGCAAUAUUUUUUCUAUACUUAGAUGUUUUUAUGUAGACUGUACAUACAUAUAGACUGAGUAGGCGGCCCCGCACCUUCACUUCCUGAAUAUUAAGUUCCUGUUAUAUUACAUAUUAUACAUAUGUAUAAAGUCCAUUAUUGUAUACUGUAAAGCUAGAUUGUCAUUGAAUUCGAUGUCUUCUCAAUUAUAUUUUUAUAUGCGUAUUUAUUGUAAUUUAUAUGGAUAUUGAAAUAAAAAUAUGGAGGUUGUUAUGAAUUGUUAAGGACAAAAAUUCCAAACAGGCAAGAAUGGCCUAACCACAUUUUAUUCAUAUACUAAUUAGUAGAAUUACCUGUACUAAAAUUUAAUAAUCUGAUAACUCUUCAGAAAGAAUUAUUGUACAAUUUUUGUAUGUGAAAAUCAAAACUUUCCGAAAUUUUCACUGAAUCAAGUUUGUACGUAGGCCGUUCUUGCUUUCGCGAAACAUAAUGGUAAUACCAAAAUGUAAAGCUACCUCUCGAGUUACUAAAUGUUUGAUAGUGUAACAUAGGUAACACUACUAAUAUCGAUGGAUAAAAAGUAUUGUGUCUAUAAAAAAUCGAAUGUUUGCAUCGUUAUUUAUUUAGAACAAUCUGUUUAGGAUCCUUAUAGUUGUAUAUUACCUAUACUUUUGUUGAACUAAAUAUUUAAAAAAUAUUUACUGUUCUCAAAGCUGGGCUUACGCGACCUGCGCGUUGAGAAAAAAAACCGCCAUUAAAUGGUAAAUAUAGUGUGGAUAUAAUUUGCACAAACUUGAACGCGUUCUUAGAAGCUAGAUUGUACAUUCGUUGUAGUUGUAUCAGUCUAAAGUCCCAUUGCUGGGCAAUGUUCAUUCCCAACUUUAAUUAUUAGGUUCGAUUACCGCCAAGAGGCCGGAGCCUCGUUCGUUAGCUAGUUCUCACCAAGUCCUGAUGAAGUUACCUUUAGAGCCAGUUUCCCCGGUUCCCUGAUAAAGUUUCAGAAAACCUGACAUACAACACAAUCCUUAAUAUAAAUUUUGGUGAUUUAUUUUGUCAGCUUAAGCAUUAAAUUCCCUGAUAAAUUUAAUGAAUAAAUUUUAGACAAUAGGGUGGUCAAGGCUUUUAAAUUGCUGGUUAUCUUCCAGAUUAAAACUCCAGCCACCUUCAGGUGAUAUUUUAACUUCUAAAUAUUUUCCAGAUAUUUGUAUUGGAACCCGUGAAAUCGGCCCUUAUUCUUGAAGUUAUUUAAAGGGUUUAACACAUUCCUUGUAGCUUAGAUCUUCCUAUGUUUCAUAGUAUAGUAAAAUAUGUAAGAUUAUAGUAUUGUACACAAAUAUAACGCAUUUUGUAACAUUUAUUAUUAAAGGUAAUAUAAAGAUAUAUUUGGUACAAUUUGAUUUAAAGGACAUUUGAAAUUAUAAAGAAAAUUAUAUAUAAAAUAAGUAAUUAACGUUUUUUUCCGUCUUUGACAUAGCUUUUUUACAGAGCUUAGUAUUUAUAAAUAGUUUACAAAACUACACAGAAGUUGGUACAAACUAUUUAAUUUUAAUCUGUAACGAUGUACAAAUAAAGAUUAUUUUUUUGUUAAUAAUGUGCAUUUAUAUUUACUAAAUUUUCAAGUUUUUAUUGCAGUGUUCUACUUAAUAUUUUUGACGUUAUCUAUACAUUCAUAUAGAUAUAUACACAUGUGUAUAUAGAUAAUUCAUUGCACAUUCCCUUGUACAUAGUGUUUUUAAACCCGUGUGCCACUAUAUCAUUUAUCAUUAAUAAUAUAUAAAAAGGUGCAUUUACACUGCACGAGGCGUGUUAAAUAUAUUAUGAUUAAAAACGAUAGGAUGUCGAAAUUUGCUUUCGUCAACUUACGGAUUCAUAAUCUACGUACGCUGGAUCGAGAAGGCGAUUAUAACGAUGAUUGUCUAGCAGAAAGUGCUAGAGUUUUCUUAGAUUUAUUCGCAUUAGAAGUUCUAGAUGUUUUCGCUUAUUCACUUGAUAAUAUUCAGUACAUUUACACUGUACAGUGCUUCCAUUGAUCACUCGAAUAUAUAUAAGUUAAUUUUUCUUUCUGUGGUAAUAAUAAAAAUACUGGCAUAUUUGUUUCUGGAAGAAGUUAACGAUAUAAAAAAACAUAUCGUUUUGGCACUUUAUUCAAGACUUUGCUAAACAUAAUUUAAUGCGCCUCGUAAAGUGUGCGGAUUACACGCGUGAUAUUACUUAUAGCAAAUACUCCGUCUUCAACUGGUUAAUGUAGAUAUUUUAUACGUUGUGCUGUAAUAUAAUAUAUUGACAGCUAUGUACUAUGCUAGCUGUGCCUACGUGUGACACAGAGGAGUCAAACUGAAGGUCGUAUUUUGACAUAUUUCAUAAUAAUAUCAGCCCUGUAUUAUAUACUGUCACACUGCUGGACACAUGGCUCCUCUACUACGGAUAGAGGAUCAUAAAUUUAUCAAAACUUGCAAUCAUUCAUAGGCAAUAAUUUACCAUUAUUCACAUAAUAAUACUAUAUUAAUUAUGCGGCUAAUACAUUUAUUUAUUUGUGUCAGUAUAAUAAAUAUUGACAUAACGAAAUUUUUAUAGAAGAUCUCUAGUAUAAACAGCCUUUACAGUUUGAGGGCCGCAGGAUAUUUUUAAACCUGAGCUUGUAUAUGCUCCUGUUUAAAUUAUAGUACUACCUUACGAUAAAAAGAAAACAAAACACUUAUGGAAAACGAAAUAGUACAAAUGCCACCUUCAAAUUUGACUCUAAUAUUUUUGUAUGCGUGCGUGUUGAAUUAACACUACGGCCUAUAUCUAUAACUAUAAGAACGGUUGUAACUGUGGUAUUUAUUGUUGUGCGUUUAGUUUAGUACUACGCGUAGACCAGGAGCCGGUGGCGCUAAAGAUUUCAAUAAAAUAUUAGAAUUUUUGAUACUAGAGUAAGUGCGAAGUGAUAUUUGCCCCAAUAUUUUGAAAUUUAUUAGAUGUUGACUUGUCAGUGGCUCCUGGUCUAUGCUCGUUGUCACAAACUUUUAAUAGUGUUGCGAAGAAUAGAGAAUAAUGUUUCUCUUUGUAUAUGAAUAUCUUCCAAAAUGUAAAUAACAUUGAAUAAAUGGAGAUGUUGUACAAA